AUGAUGUUUAAAGCCGUAGCUAAUGAACGUCAGUUACCAAACCUGACUGCAGCUCAGAGAAUCCGACAAAGGAUAAGAACGAUCCCAGCGGCAAGCGUGCACGCGUGGAAGCUGGCCACGGGCCCGAUCCGAGUCUUAUUCCUUAUCACGGUCUUGAUGGCUGUGUUGUUGGUGGUGUCGGAAUGUCGCGUUCGAAGUUUAGCAGCGACUGUUGCACGGUCUGAAACGGGUGUGCCACCAAUUUCGGGUCGGCGUAGCGAGCCAUGUACGGAGGCGAAUCCGUGUCAGAUUCAGUUGGUGGCGGAUAUGGACGAGCGUAGUUUGGUUAAAGGUGAUAAGCCGCAUUAUGAAAGUCGGAUGAUGUUUGGGUCAUUGUUCAUGGAUGAGCAAGAGCAAGUUCACGUAACAUGGAAAACGGCUGGAAUGCCGAUGAAGAUAAUGGGUGGGUUAGCUGAAUCGGGUCGUGGAAUGGAACUGAGCGAAUUGGUAUUGUGGAAUGGACAAAUGUUGGCGUUUGAUGAUCGUACGGGUAUUGUGUACGAGCUGAUAACCGUACUAGAGGAUGGAACCACAAGUCCUUUGGUCGAUACAGUGAUGCGGCACAAAGACGACGAUACGGAGCCGAGAUGGUCGGUGAAGCCGUUGCCUCGAUACGUUCUUACAGAAGAUCCGAAUAGUGUGAAGGGAAUGAAGGUUGAAUGGGCUUGCGAAGUAGAUGGAGAUCUCAUGGUUGGUAGUUUUGGUAAAGAAUAUACCACCGGGGAUGGAAGCCAGAUAACUGGAGAAGCUAACUUUUGGGUCGCCAGAAUCGAAGCUCCCAGAAAUAAAAACAAACCUGGUCUCAGAUCCAAUGGAUCCCCGCAACCCAUUGUCGAAAAAAUCAAUUGGAAGGGUCAAUACAAUAGACUCCGAGAAUUAACCCGAACGUCUUACCCCGGAUACAUGAUCCAUGAAGCCGUCAACUACAGCGACAAAAAAAAGAAAUGGUUCUUCCUGCCCAGACGAAUUAGCAAAGAACAAUAUGAUGAGGUUUUGGAUGAAUCACGCGGUGCAUCACUCAUACUCGAAGUUGACCCAAGUUUCUCAGACCUUGUAUCCUAUCCCAUCGACUUCGCUGUACAACAACCUCAUAGAGGAUUCUCCAGUUUCAAAUUCAUGCCUGGAACCAACGAUGAGAUUAUAAUCGCCGUCAGGUCAGUAGAGGUCGCAAAAAGGCGGGAGACUCAAACAUUUCUGUCCGUAUUCGACGUCAAGGGCAAAGUGUAUAUGAACGAGGUGAAUAUUAGUGAGUACUGCAAGUAUGAAGGCUUGGAAAUCUGGUAA